AUGUUUCCGCCAGUACAUGAUGCGGUUCUUACCAAUAACCCGGACUUUGCCAAUCUCUACAACAAGCUCACAAAGGUCAUCCUCAACCCAGACGGCUCAACCAAGGAAGACCCCUCAGCCAAGGAGCGAGAGCAUGUUCAAGAGGAGCUGAAGGCAUACCGCCUCAAGGCAGCCAAGCAACAUCUCAUCACCAGGACCAUUGCUACACUCUCUCCGCCUGAGCAAUCGUCCACUGCCAACCGCAGAAUUGCCAGACCCUCAGGCCGGCCUCAAGCACAAGCGCAGCCACAGCAAACUCCAAAACCAAGUCUACCGGAGCCGCUCCUCGAUCUGCUUCUCAUCCUACCCCCUCUCCUCAACCCUGCAGAGCCACUCCCCCAGGACUCCCUCUCCCUCCUCCUCUCCAGCCCGCCUCUCUCGGACCUCGAAUCCCUCCUCCCGGACCUCACAAACCUAAUCUCCUCGGCCCUCCGCUCCUCAGCCCUCGACCUAGCCCGCAUCGCCCACCCUUCCACCAACCCAUCCUACCUCCACCGCCACGUCGCCUCCCUCUCACAGACCCUGACCACCCUGACCACCCUCUCCGACGCCUCCACCGCCUCGCUUCACAGCGCCCGCAUCCUCACCCUCACCGCCCUCACCGCCCUCCUGCACGACUACACCACGGCCCUCGGCCUCCUCCUCCGGGUCCUCGAGGCCAAGCACGGCGUCGUGGCCCGCAGCCUCGAGCUCCGCGCCUCCUCCGCCGUCCUGCAGGCCCAGCGAUCCGAGCUCAACGCCGAGACGGCUCGCUGGGCGCUGCGCCGGGAGAUCUACACGCCAGAGGCCGUGUCCGCGCUGAGGAACUACGCGUCGCACCUCCGGGACGCCAAGGUGCGCGCCGAGGAGCGGCUACGGGGGCUGGCGGCGGAGCUGGGCGAGUACGGGGUCGGAGUUGACGGCGGGGAGGGCAAGGAGAAGACGAUGAAGGAGAUGGCCAGGGUGUACCGGGAAAUGAUGCGGCAGGUGGCGGACGCCGAGGGGGACCUCGACCGCUUGGAAAGGGCCUAA